UGUCACCCACGUGGUCGAGCCGGCUCCCGGACGCGGGGAGGGUCGCGGUUGAUCACGCGUUUUGGUUUGCAGGCGUUUAAUUGUCGCCUAGCAGGACGCCCUGCAAGCUGUCAAAGCUGAGGUCGUGUUCUCUUGGGUUCGUUCACCGUGACAGGGCUUUGUUUGGUGGUAAGAAGGGUGCUCGAGCCCCCAACCCACUGCCGCUGGAGGGCGCGCUUCCCAGCGUUUGCUCUUCAGACCUGCAGAAAGGAAUUCCUCCCACACCAGCAUUUGACAUUGUGCAGCAAAGAAAUGGUUAUGGAGAAGCCCAGUCCGCUGCUGGUAGGGCGGGAGUUUGUGAGGCAAUAUUACACUUUGCUGAAUAAAGCUCCAGAGUAUUUACACAGGUUUUAUGGCAGGAAUUCAUCCUAUGUUCAUGGUGGAGUAGAUGCUAGUGGAAAGCCCCAGGAAGCUGUUUAUGGCCAAAACGAUAUACACCAUAAAGUGUUAUCUCUGAACUUCAGUGAAUGUCAUACCAAAAUUCGUCAUGUGGAUGCUCAUGCAACCUUGAGUGAUGGAGUAGUUGUCCAGGUCAUGGGUUUGCUGUCCAACAGUGGGCAGCCAGAGAGGAAGUUUAUGCAAACAUUUGUUCUGGCUCCUGAAGGAUCUGUUCCAAAUAAGUUUUAUGUUCACAAUGAUAUGUUUCGUUAUGAAGAUGAAGUGUUUGGUGACUCUGAACCAGAACUUGAUGAAGAGUCAGAAGAUGAAGUAGAAGAGGAGCAGGAAGAGAGGCAGCCAUCUCCAGAACCUGUGCCAGAGAGCACUAACAGCGGUUACUACGAAGCACACCCUGUGACUAAUGGCAUAGAGGAACCUUUAGAAGAAUCCUCUCAUGAGCCUGAGCCUGAGCCAGAAUCUGAAACAAAGACUGAAGAACUGAAACCACAAGUGGAGGAGAAAAACUUAGAAGAGUUAGAGGAAAAGUCUGCCACUCCUCCUCCGGCUGAACCUGUUUCUUUGCCACAAGAACCACCAAAGGCUUUCUCCUGGGCUUCAGUGACCAGUAAAAACCUGCCUCCUAGUGGUACUGUUUCUUCCUCUGGAAUUCCACCCCAUGUUAAAGCACCAGUCUCACAGCCAAGAGUGGAAACUAAACCAGAAGUUCAGUCUCAGCCACCUCGAGUGCGUGAACAGCGGCCUAGAGAACGACCUGGCUUCCCUCCUAGAGGACCAAGACCAGGCAGAGGAGAUAUAGAACAGAAUGACUCUGACAACCGUAGAAUAAUUCGUUAUCCAGACAGUCAUCAGCUAUUUGUUGGUAACUUGCCUCAUGAUAUUGAUGAAAAUGAAUUGAAAGAAUUCUUUAUGAGUUUUGGAAACGUUGUGGAACUUCGCAUCAAUACCAAGGGUGUUGGGGGAAAGCUUCCAAAUUUUGGUUUUGUGGUUUUUGAUGACUCUGAACCAGUUCAGAGAAUCUUAAUUGCAAAACCAAUUAUGUUUCGAGGAGAAGUACGUUUAAAUGUGGAAGAGAAAAAAACAAGAGCUGCAAGAGAGCGAGAAACCAGAGGAGGCGGUGAUGAUCGCAGGGAUAUUAGGCGCAGUGACCGCGGUCCUGGUGGUCCUCGAGGAAUAGUUGGUGGUGGAAUGAUGCGUGACCGUGAUGGAAGAGGACCGCCACCAAGAGGUGGCAUGGCACAGAAACUUGGCUCUGGAAGAGGAACUGGGCAGAUGGAAGGCCGCUUCCCCGGACAGCGCCGCUGAAGCACCACUGGCAGUUGGCAGUGGUCCAAACUCAUCGUGUUUGCAUUCUUGUUACUUUUUUUGGCUUUGGAAUGUGACACAGCCUUUUUGAUCAUUUCUUUGAUGUGAAAAGCAUCUUUUGGUUAUCAGUUACAUUGAGGUGGACACUAUCUCCCCAAUUCCACAACAGGAUUCAUUGUUAACUUAUAAAUCUAGACAUGGAGAAUUAAGGACUGAGAAAAGACCAUACCUUAAACUGUCUACAACAAAAAGAAUGUUAAAGGACAUACCCACUGAAUUCAGGUCCUUUGAGUUAAAAACAAAAAUAGCCCUCUGCUGCACAUUUUGCUUAAGUGUUAUUUGUUUCUUCCUGUUAAUGUUGGAAACACAAAUAGUGCAGUUUGUGCAAUUGGAGAAUUUUGCCUUUUUUUCUUGGCUUCCCCCUUUCCCAAAAAUACAAACCAUCAGAAACUUGUUAUGCACUCAUCAGAAUGCACUAUUGGGUACUCUGAACUAACAUUGACAUCUGCAACAGGAGGCAACAGGGGAAAAAAAAAAUCUUUCAUCUUUUCCAGUAGAUAAUAGUGUAUGAAAUGAUGAGGGCAUUUUAUCUGCUUGCUGUGACCAGCGUGUGCACACACAAACCUUAACAAGACUGCAAAUAUUCCAGAAGGAAGUCAUUUAGUUAUGAACGAAAUAACAAAAACCAGAACUUCAAAGGCUGUGGUCUUGAAUAUUAGGCCAGAUGUAGUAGCUCCAUAUCUUAAGUUUCCUACCUGCCCCACUUCAGUACAGGGAUGGCUGGCUGCUCAACAUACUCCUCCCCUUCCUUUAUGCUAUGGACAGUGAAAAUUGUCUCUCCUUUAUUUUUGUUCUCUGGUAAUGUAAUAAGCAUGAUGGUGCCUUCUAUUAAUACAUCAUUCCAGUCUUGCUGGUAAUUUUGUACAGUAUAGUUUAUGAAUCGCUGUGCUGCAAAGCCAAACAGCUGCAAAAUGUUGAAAAAAAUCAUUGAAAUGUGUAAAAAUUGCAGUAUCUUUAAAAUCAGUAAAAUGGAUGCUUAUUUAUCUUGUUCUUUAGUUCACAACUUCUGUACUCUGUGUGGGAGGGUGUCUUGUGUUUGGAGGGGAGAGGGAAGGAGGAAGUCAGAUUCUUUGAGCAAGUCUCUAGUUGACUUCGCUUCAUUGUGAACAAGGGACGUCUCAUUUGAACACUUGGAAAAGUCAACAAGCUUGAACAUUUCAGUGACAUUUUAAGAGCAGUCAGAUUCCAUAAGAGGCAAGUAAACCUGAAGUGAGGAUACUGCAAUUUUCAGAGGGAGGAAGAGCAGCUCUUAAGUGUCUGCAUUUUCUACCUAGGGGCAGGGAACUGCUAUUCAUUUUGCACAAUUGAACUGAUGUCAGCACCCGAGUGGCUCCUGAAUUUAAGUCUGGGAUGACAUCUUUUUAUUUUUACAUGGCUCUCUAAAACAGUUCUGUGAGCAGAGUUUGUAGCUGCUGGAUUAUUGUCUGUCUUUACAAAAGCAAGUUCCAAUAACCACAAGCAUGGCAAAGAGUAUGCAUGGAGCAGUCAGUACAUACCAGUUCUGCUGUUUCAGGCAAAAUGUGGGGAAAGAGAGUAGCCACUUAAGCUGCUUGUUAACAUGGAAGACUUCUCCAUUCUAUUAGAAACAAAAUGUGCACUUGAUAUAGCAAACUGGUUCUGGAUUAUGCAACUGUUUGCUACUUAGCAAGCUGGCAGAUGCACAUAUUUUGUUUAUGAAAUGGGCAAUAUGAGUAAGAUUUAUUAUAUUUCCCUCCCCUUUGAAUGAGGUCUUCCAUGUUUGAGGAAAUGUCUUGCACUAUUGCAUAUAUUUUGUGGACACAGAUUUUUGUAGUUUCCAUUUUGGAGGGCUUAAGGAUUUUUUGUUUGUAUGAUCAGUUUUACACUUUCUGAUGUAUAGUACUUGAAGUUCUUACUAGAAAAUUACUUUGGUGUUUAAAGCUUUUACUCAAACUACUUUUAAGUAAGUAGUUUUAUUGUUUUUUCCACAUGUAUUUUUCUUCUGUUAUCUCUCCUUCCUAGUAUGUAUGUGUGUAUGUAUAUGUAAUGUAUAUACACAUACACAUGUAUGUAUAUAUAUUAUAUAUAAUUUCCAGUUUGGGACAUUGCCCUGUAGCCCAUGAAAACUGUUCUGGCACCAAAAUAAAUGACAAAUGUUGAGUGUAAUAGAAAAUUGGAGCAAAGAGCCAUUCAGCUUCAGUCUUUACAUGCCACAAAUGAAACAUUAAAUCAUCGUAUGGAGAAGUUUACAUGGUGAUUGUUCACCUGCAGUACUGUGGACUUUUAACAUUUUGUCCCCUUUUCAGUGAAACAGCAAAAAUACUCAUCUACCAUUACUGUUAUUUGCUGAUUUUAUUUUGUUUUUGAUGGUAAUAUUCUAUCCUUAUGACACUAUUGCAACCAAAUUGGCUUUACCAUCUUGGCUUUAGUAGGUAUAGAAGACAAUGGAUUACCAUCUUUAUUGCUGUAAUGUGUUAAGCAUUAUAUGCUAGUAGAAUCUAGUUUGUUUCAGGUGGAAAGUAUUCUUUUGAGUUUCCAUUUUGAAUGUGUUUGGACUAAACAAUAAACUACUGAUGUCUGCAGCA